AUGUCGAAUUGUCUCGAGCCGAAUGCUCUCGAACGAGGACCCUUUGUGGUGCUGCCUCUUUCUGAAGACGAGUCUUCGCUGCACCAAAGCGGUCUUAAUGAAGUUUCGGUCAAACAAAACGACAUUAACACGCGCCCCAUCCCCGCACACCUCCACCACCAUUCCGCUUCUGCUCACUACGUCACGAAGCCGGACGACCGAUGUUAUCGGUGA